CGUGCAUCUACCUACCAUCAACACGAUGCCUGAAGCCCCAUCUACACCUCCUCACCACCACCACCGAUACCUCACUCGCGAUGAGAUUGUUGAGGCCCGUGCCCUACAUCAAGCAGGCCAUAGCUACACAUUUAUUGUGAACCAGCUUAAUUGCACUAAACGACAAGUUGGUUAUGCAGUAACCAAGAACUUCGUCACACCUAAAAAGUGCUCCGGUCGUCUGCCUCAUCUUACUGAUGCCCAAGUUGAUGAGCUUGAGGCGUACAUCCGAUCAUCCCGCAACACCCGAUAAAUGAGCUAUCUCCAACUUGCUCAGGGCCCCUUUGAGCACUGGGGCGUUGGUGAAUACACAAUAGGAGUGCUCUACGAAGAAGAGGAUUCGUCUUGAGUGGGCACAAGCUCACAUCAACUGGCAGCCGUGGGAGUGGUGGAGGAUCUUAUGGAGUGAUGAGACCUGGAUAACUGGUAGAUGGCAUCGAAAACAAUGGGUUACAAGAAAACCAGGAGAGGAGCUUGAUGAUAUAUGUGCUUGGUAGAUAAAAUUCGUAAGAAGUAUGGAUGGGUGUUUUAGGCAUGCUUCUCAGGCAUGUGAAAAGGCCCUCAUCUCUUCUGGAAGAAAGAAUGGAAGUCGAUCAACAAAGAGAGCUACUGUGAUC